AUGAAAAAAAGGGUGCCAGAUGCUGGAGAUUUUUUGGAGUCUUAUUUUCUAGGCUUAUCAUGCCUUGUUUGUUCCGAACAGUUUUACAUUCUCAUAUCGCAGACCAAGGCCUCGCCAAAUUUUCAAUGGUACCUAUUGUUAUCCACAUCAUUUGUUACUUUGACAUUGGUCCUAAUAUUAUAUAACAAAACUUACCAUGACUUCAUCAACCUAGUUCAUUAUUAUUAUUUAUAUUUACCGGCCUUGUUGAUUUGUUUUGUUUGGCUCAAAGUAACAUCUGUUCUGAUCACAACGUGUACCACUAUUGGAAUAGGAUUUUUAACAACCUUUCUGAUCAUUGAAGCAUGUGUUCACUACUCUUCUAAUGCUAAGUUUCUACUUGCAUUCGUCGCUGGUUUAUUAUCAGCAAGGAUAUUGCCUAGUUUCUGUUGGAUUUUGAUUGCGAAAUAUGAUUAUGAGUCACAAUCUAGGUCAGUAUCGUUAAUAUUGAGUAUCGCAAGAUUCUCUUUCUGUUUAAUAUCACUAUGUAUAAAGUUUAUGAAGGGCGGGCUUUCAUUUGAUCAAGUUAAAUCCAUAGAAUUUAAAAGUGAUCAAUUUUCUUUUGAUUUAUGUACCAAAGUAUUCACUCAAUUGUAUGAAUUUUAUUCUAGAAGAAUCACCAACGAUUUGUUCAAUGAAAAUGGAAAUAAUAAAAUCUAUUUGACUAUACUUAACUAUUUAAUGCAUUUUUCCCCUAUUUUUUGUUUCUUUUUCUCUAUUAUAUUCUUUUUACCCUUAUCUCCGGUUAUGGAUGCCCAUUUGAACAGGAAUUCAAACUUCAUAUACGCUCCUCAUGUAAUUAGAUCAUUAUCCAGGCUUGAAAUUGCCUGUCAUUUACUUGGGUUCUACAUUGGUAUCCUUUUUCCAGCUUCAUAUAGUGAAAAUUUAGCCUUUUGUUUUAUUAAUAUAUUUAAUAUUAGUAUUCGUUUCAUUAUUGAGGGUUGUUUUUCCUUCUUUCUAAAAAAUUUUCCUAACAUUGGUAUUUACUUGAUGGUAAUUAUAUAUUCGACUUUAAAUGGAUAUGUUUGCUCUUACAAUUUAUUUGUUAUCAUUAGAAAUACUUUUCACAAUUGUAAGAACAAAGAAUACAAUGAAUUUGUUUGUUGUGGAGACGAGUUUCUUACUCAAUGCUAUUGUAGGUAUCCAGCAAUACUUAAUGAGAGGAAUGAGUACUAUUGUUCGCGAACUGAUUUAUGUACUUCAAAAUUGAAAGUGAAUCUUGUGAAGAAAGGUUCUAUUAAUAUUACAGUCAAUUUAACAUUUAGUAUUGUCUCCUUUAAUUUAAAUAGAUUUUCAUGUUCUAAAUCGUUCACUGAACACAAUAGUUUGGAAUAUUCUCUUUCUGGAUCGAAUGCGAUUCUUUUGGUACAAAAAGGUGAAAAAACAGAAAUUAAUGAAAUAUGUUCUCAGGUAAAGUGUGAUGGGAAGUGUUGUCAGAACCCUUGCAAGACAGAAAAGUGUGGUUGUUUGAGAUUAUGUGGAAUAUAUGAAAUUGAAACUGUUACAACAAGCACGUGUGAUGAUUGCCAAUUAACUGUAAGAAUUGAGGGCAAAAAUUGUAAUCAAUGUUCAGACUGCGCCGGUUCCGGAAGUACCGGGACUUGUUCAUGUAGUGUUACAGGUUCUAAUUGCUGUUGUAUAUGUGUCAAAUGUUGCAGAUGUAACAGUUGUAACCCCCCCUGUAAUGGUUGUACUAAAUUGUGUUGUUGUGAAAAUUGUAAAAAAUUGGUUAAAAGUAAUCGUACAAGAGUAUUCCUAUUUUUCAAAACCUUUAAUCAGAAAUGUUUUAUAAGAGAGAUAAGCCCAGUUAAUACUCCAAAUUUUGAGAGAAACCGAAAGCAAUUAACAGAAUUUUAUAUAGAUAGCAUCUUUAUAUUAGAUUGUUGUCAUUCCGACAUCCAAGUCGACUUACAUUGUCGAUUUUGUGAAGAUCUUUUAAGAAUAACUCCUGUCCAAUAUCCCAGAAAAUGGGAUAAUCCAAAAGUCAUUAAGCUUUGCAAAAAUAUUAAACAAUGUUGUGAAAAGAAACCAGAAGGUCAAUGUUGCUGUACAAAUGUUCUUCUUCAAAGGGUAAUAGUUGGAUAUUCUAGCAAAACGGAAAAGUCUGAAUAUGAAAAAUGUAAGUGCCCAGCUAGUUUGGCCAGUUGUAGUUGUUGUCUAACAGGUAAGUGUUGUUGUUGUAUUUGUGCCGAAUUGAAAAUAACACCAGAGAACUCAUUUGAUACGACGAUGAAACCGGUGAAGAUCAAACUGAUUUCGAUUUUCUGGAUAUUAUUUUUCUUAAUAUUAAUUUUCACCUACCUUAUAAUGUCAUCUGUUAAAGUCAAAGAAUUAAAGUACUAUGAUUUUAAUCCUGUAACAUCAUAUGAGACAAUAAAAGAGAAAAUUAAGAGGAAUAAGCUGAAUUCAGCAGAUGGAGUAAAACAUAGGAUAGAUGGGUUUUUAAUGAAUUCAGGUUUGGAGAGUAAAGAAUACGAUAGCCAAUUAGAACAUAUGAUAAAACUAUUUGAAUGUACCUUUGAUCCAAUUAAUUUUACAUUCCUUAGAAAUCACCUGGAGGAAGUGUCAUUUAAGCUUCUGAACGAUCCAGUAUUUAUUCUUAAGACAAAAAUUGAGAUGAUUAAAUGGAGUUGUUGCCUAGGAUUAAUUUACACAUAUGUCAUGGAGAUGUUCAUUAGAAUCCAAAUUUUUUUUGUAAAUUGGGAGUAUGUAUGGGAAAAGGAGUACAAAUACUAUAGAAUGAAAAUGUCAAAUAGAAUUAAUCAGAUUACAUAUGAGUCUAAGUUUGGAGUAGCGGGUUUGAGUGAAUAUGGCAUUGGACUUAAAGCAUACAUGUCAAUUGCCAAGUCAAGAAAAGAUACAUGGUCAAGUGCUCUUUACAAUUUAGAAAACUAUUUGGAUCUGUACGAAGGAGAAAUUGAAUUUAAAGAAAAACAAUUUCCAGAGUCAUUAGAUGAAAGACUACAGCAUUAUAUUGACAUGUGGAACAAUAGAAUAGGUCACCUUGAGGAGUGGAUUGAUACAGAAAUUAUAUUCUUCGACUGGACAAUAUUCUUAGAGGAUUUUCCAAGCAUAAAAACCUGGGUAAACAUGUUUGGAAAGUAUGUUCAGGGAGCUUUCGAUGAAGUUGUGUUUGACGAAAAGAAGUUUAACAAGGGAACCAAAAUAUUUUUAAUUGAUAAAAUCAAAUAA